UCCCCGCCGGCCCCGCACCCACCCUCCCUCCGCUCCCGUUCUCCGCCAUCGCAUCCAUCUGCUCGCUGUCACCGCGUCCCCUCCGGUGUCCCGAGCGCCCCGGAGAGCGACCGGAGGCGGGGGGCAAGGCUGGCUCCGGCGCUGGAAAGUAGGGAACUCCAGAGCCCCAGCGCGGCGUCGGCGCCCAGGGGGAUGUGGAGCCACAGAGGCAGCGGACCCUGUGACUGACACAGCCCCAGCCCACAGCUGAAUGGAAAGACUGCAGAAGCCUCUGACCUCCCCUGGGAGCGUCUGCUCUUCCCGCGGAUCCAGCGUUCCCGGCUCUCCCUCCAGCAUCGUGGCCAAAAUGGACAACGAGGUGCUGGGCUACAAGGACCUGGCUGCCAUCCCCAAGGACAAAGCCAUCCUGGACAUCGAGCGCCCCGACCUGAUGAUCUACGAGCCGCACUUCACCUACUCGCUGAUGGAGCACGUGGAGCUGCCCCGGAGCCGCGAGGUGAGCGCGAAUUCCUGGGGUUUUUUUGGGAGAAUCCCACCUGGAUAGAAGAUCAACAUGCUG